AUGGCCUUUCUUUGCCUUUUCUGGGGUGCACUGUUUCGUCAAAAUGCAAACGUGGGGGGUCUGAACAUCUCCGUUGUAGACUUCGAUGGCCAGCCACCGUUUACCGGGGUCGCACCCUUCGUGGGUCCGUUUGUCACUCGCACUGUUCGCAGCAUUAUGGAGGAAGAUGGAGUGGUGCCUGGCUACACCUUUGCGUCUCCCGAAGACUUCAACAACAACUCGCUGAACGUACGCAACGAAGUUUACGACUUCCAUGCCUGGGCGGCCGUCAUCAUCAAUUCCAACGCCACAGCAAUGCUCGAUGCCGCAGUGAAACUGGGGAACGCGAGCUACGAUCCCUUGGGUGCCUGCCAGAUCAUCUAUAAUUCGGCGCGCGAUCAAAUUACCACCUCGACUUACAUUGUACCCAGUAUUAACACCCUCCAGAAGCGCGUAGUCACCGAAUUUGGCCGCGCGUGGAUCGCACAUCUUCUCCAGAACAACGUUUCAGUUACGGACAUGCGCCUAGACAUCGCACCCCAAGCUCUCUCUCCCGGCAUUGAGUUCACCGUCAACGACUUGCGCCCCUUUGGACCGCCUAUUGCUACACCCGCGGUUAGCAUUGGCCUUAUAUACCUGA